AUGGCUCAGUCUGUUCAGUCGAUGCGGCUCAACAAUGGCCUUGACUCCACGCUCCUCUCGGUUCGCAGUGACCCAUCCUUAUACAUGAUGGCCCACUUUCAACCCUUCCCAGACCUCCCGCAUACAUCCUCCGAGGACAAUCUGCCCCAGGAUUAUGAACUAUUUCCCUGUCAGUACGAGCCUUAUGCGGACCCCACGGCUAUUCAACGCCCUUCAAGCUUCCAACUUCAUCUCUCUCCUCCUAUCGACCUACCUAUGAAGAACCCUUACAUCGCCCCGUCCAUGUCGUGGUCAAACGAGCCAGUCUUACCUCAAAACACCGACGCAUUGACUGCUACUUCUUCUGAGUUCGGCUCACCUUGGAGCAAUGAACUCGUCUCCAGUCCAGAAGCGAAAGACAGUCUCGCCACCGGUAGCUCGAGUUGGCUCAGCAUGGGAUGCUAUAUGUCUCCUCCAUACACCUGCGACGAAGUCGCACUUCCGCCAUUGGGGUUCGGGUCUUGUUCUUCCCCAUCCGCUCUAACAGACGUUGACAGUCUGGUGGCGCCUUCCCAAGUAUAUCCCGACCCCGACCCUAUUGUGAAACUUGAGUCAGAUUCGGAGCAUGUUAUGGGCGGAACGUUUUGCUACAACAGCCCUCCCCAGCACGAUGAAUUCGAUACCGGCUGUGACAUUCAAAGUUGCCAAUACGCAGAGACAGCAAGUCAGCAAGAAGCCUGUGGCUCUUCCGGUGAUCAGCUCAAGACACCGAGGCUGUCUAGCACGAACACAGGCCGCAUCAGCAAGAAGCGGCCUCGCAAAACAUCCACCAAAGCAAAAUCUACCUCUGCAGCUCGGGCCCUUACCAAGACCGGGAGUAAGAAGGAAAGUGCGAAGUCCAGCCGGGUAUUCAUCUGCAGCUUUUCCCACUAUGGAUGCCAGAGUACCUUCGUUUCGAAGAACGAGUGGAAGCGCCAUGUGACCUCGCAGCACAUCCAACCUGGGUUCUACCGUUGUGACGUCGGACGCUGCAGUCUGGAUAAUCUCAAGGGCAAGGAUCAGGACACGAACAACAGUUGUGCCUCAUUCAACGAGACACAUCUUGUGAAUGACUUCAACCGAAAGGAUCUCUUCACCCAACACCAGCGUCGCAUGCAUGCUCCCUGGGUCGGACGCAACAGCAAGAAGCCCGAAACUGAGAAAGAGCGCGAUGAUUUCGAGCAGAGCCUUGAAGCGAUUCGGGCUCGUUGCUGGCAUGAACAGCGCAAGCCACCUACCCAGAGCGCCUGUGGUUUCUGUGGACAGCGGUUCAUUGGAGUCCGGAGUUGGAACGAUCGAAUGGAGCAUGUUGGUCGUCACUACGAGAAAGGUGACGCGGACCAUGAAGCCGAGGAUACUUUCUUGCGCCAAUGGGCAGUGGAAGAGGACAUCAUCCGGCAGGUGGAAGGGGAGUGGAAGUUGGUCGGUCUUUGUGAGAAGUGA